AUGGCUUCCAUUCCCGUCAUCGUCAAACACCAGGGCACAAAGUACGAAGUCGAUCUUGACCCCGAAGCAACCGGCGAGGAGUUCAAAUAUCAAGUGUACUCUCUCACAAACGUUGAACCCGAGCGUCAAAAGAUCCUCAUCAAGGGAGGACAGUUGAAGGAUGAUACUCCUCUUUCAUCCCUGAAGGCCAAGGCUGGUCAGCAGUUCAUGAUGAUGGGCACGCCCUCCGGCGACCCUGCAUCCCAAGUCGACCGCCCCGCCCAAAAGAUCCGUUUCCUAGAGGACAUGACAGAGGCAGAGGCCGCUCAAGUCUCCGGCGCUACUCCCGCCGGUCUUCAGAACCUCGGCAACACCUGCUACCUCAACUCGGCCCUCCAGACUUUGAGGAGCAUGCCUGAGCUCAGCGAGGCUCUUGACAGCUACAAGGACAGCGAAUUCGGCCUGAGUGGUCUCGGUUCGUCCACCGACCUGACUGGCUCCUUGCGCGACCUGUACAAGCAGAUGGGCGAGACUCAGCAAGGCUUCCCUCCUCUCGUCUUCCUGAACGCUCUCCGCCAGAGCUACCCUCAGUUCUCUCAAAAGGCCAAGGAUGGCCACGGCUACGCACAACAGGAUGCCGAAGAGGCCUGGUCCUCGAUCGUUCAGAUGCUUCGCCAGAAGCUGCAGCAAGACGGUUCCUCCUCGUCGUCUUCGGGUAACGUCCGUGGCAACAACUGGGUUGACAAGUUCAUGGCUGGCCAGACCGAAUCAGUUAUGACCUGUGACGAAUCUAGUGCCACCGAAGAGCCCGUCAAGGGUAGCGACGUCUUCUUCAAGCUCGACUGCAACAUCCGCGGCGACACCAACCACCUCCGUGAGGGAGUCAACAUUGCUCUCAACGAGACCAUCGAGAAGCGUUCCGAAUCCCUUGGCCGCGAGGCUACCUACACAAAGUCCUCCCGCAUCUCUCGCCUGCCCAAGUACAUGCCCGUUCACUUUGUUCGCUUCUUCUGGCGCAAGGACACCCAGAAGAAGGCAAAGAUCAUGCGCAAGGUCACCUUCCCCAUGGAGCUUGACGCUGUCGAGUUCUGCACCGACGAGCUCAAGAAGCAGCUCAUUCCCAUCCGCGACCGCAUUCGCGAGGUACGCAAGGAAGAGGAGGACGUCGAACGCGCCAAGAAGAGACAGAAGCGAAUGAAGAAGGAGCACGACGAUUUGGCCGGUAGCGCCUCCGAGCCUCUGGAGAAGCGCAAGGAGAAGGAAAAGGACACGGAAACUCAGUCCAGCAAGCAAAAGAAGGACGUUGGCAUGAGCGCAUCCGGCGGUGACACCGAGAUGGGUGGUACAGAGUCCUACAAGACCGACGCCGAGAUCGAGAGAGAGCGCGCAGAGAAGAUUCUCGCCAUGAGAAAGGAUCUCCUCGCCCAGGUCUCUCCUACACUCGCCGCCGACGAGUCAGCCAACCAGACUGGACUCUACGAGCUCCGUGCCGUCAUCACUCACCAGGGCUCUAGCGCCGACAGCGGUCACUACACCUCGUACAUCAAGAAGACCGGCCGCAAGAACAUCGACGGUAGCAUCGAGGAGGAAGACGGCAAGUGGUGGUGGUUCAACGACGACAAGGUCAGCGAAGUCGAGGCCGACAAGGUCGAGACACUGUCCGGCGGCGGUGAGAGCCACUCUGCUCUGAUCCUGCUGUACAAGGCCGUCGAGCUGCCCUCCAAGAAGUCGAUCGAGGACGCCGAGAAGGCUUUGGCAUAA